UCUACCACUAUUACUUGACCAAUACAAGACAACCUUGGAAGCUUCUUGGAAUUCUUAACACCUUUAGAUAUCUUCCCUCUUUUCCACUGCACUCUUUUUCCGUUGUUAGAACGUUUCCCUGUUGGUUAUACAAGCAUACUCUAGAAGACAAGGUUCCAAUAUAUCCUGGCUCUAAUGGACCACUCGAGUCGCCAACCUCGAAAAUGGUCUUUGGCGGAAGACCAGAAACUUCGGGAAGAAGUGGAAGCACAACUUGUAGAAGGAGAAGUCAAGGAUUGGUGCAGAAUUGCCGAUAGCCUCCCCGGACGAACGAACAAGGACUGUAGAAAACGAUGGCACAAUUCGGUAGCAGGAGGCCUGAAGAAAGGACAAUGGUCAAAGAGUGAAGAUCAGUUGCUUUCAAGAGGUGUGCAGCAGUACGGCCAAAAAUGGACGGUAGUUGCAAACUGCGUCGGAACACGCAGUGCAGAUCAGUGCGCGAAGCGGUGGCAGCAGUCACUUGAUCCUGAUCUAGACCGAAGUGAAUGGCGCGACUCAGAUGACGCAGCACUUAUCGAUGCAGUUCAGAGACUCGGACGACACUGGAAAGAUAUUCAACGCGAACAUUUCCCCGGCAGAUCGAAGAAUGAUAUCAAGAAUCGAUACACUGUCCUCGUGCGGAGAUAUCAGAAUCAGGGUAUCACCCUGCCCAAUGCUCCAAGCUCUCCAUCCGAUUGUGGUACACCGGCGGGCUUGUCAAGCUAUCCUGAUGACGACGACUAUCUCUCCCACAGUUCACACGUGUACAAUACAUUAUUGCCAACACCCUCUCAUGGAUCAGAUCGCCAUUCCUGGUCAAGUUUCGACAAUGAUGCAUACUCAACAUGGUCAUCUCCGCAGACAUACGCCACACCUACCGCGAUAGCCGACCAUAACGCACAACAUCAAUCGGUCGCCCCGUCUCAAUAUCUGUAUACUCAGCCACCACUGGGCUCAAACGUGCCUUCCACAUGGGAUCAAACAUCGCCCUACACACAUCACCCGGCACCAUCGUUGCACACCGGUGCACCAACAAAUCCACCACUCUAUGGCUACAGUCCAUAUCAGGUCGCCCAGCAACCAAUAGUGCCCCACAACAUUGCUUACACAGCCUCCACGGACCGAGCAGCAUAUGCCACGAUGCCGAAUCGCUCGCCACCUACUGCAUCAAGUCAGCAGGUUUACGACCCGAGCGCAUCGGCAAUGUACCGUGACCCUAGACAUUCACAACAUCCCUACUAUCGCUCUUGAGGCUGUGCAACAUGUAUAUUGUGUGUA